UGUUGUCUACUGUUCCAGACAAAAAGAUUCACAAUCCCAAAAUUACGAUCAGUAAACGUUUCACCGUUGCGCCGUGAACUUCGCAGUAGUCGACAAUAUGAACGGUGUUGUAUGUUUAUUGCUAAUAGUGAUUUGUCAUCUCACUCAGGCGGCGAAUAUUUUAUAUAUAGAUGGAGUACCAUCACCGAGUCAUUUCAUUUGGCACAAAGCGUUGAUAAACGGACUAGCUGCCAAAGGUCAUAAUGUGACGGCGUGGAGUGUUGAUACUGAAGACAGUCCAGCUCAGAAUGUAACAUAUAUUAAAUUGGAAGGUGUAUACGAAGGUAUUCACGAGGAUACUCCUGAUAAUUUGGAAAUGGAUUUUUUCGAAUUCGAUAAACUGAACCCUUUCUCGGUGCUGGCCAUGUUCAACGAAUUCACAGUGGUCGGUUGCGAGCUUACUUUGAAGUCUAAGGGAUUUCAGCAAUUGAUGAAGUAUCCGAAAGAAUUCAAGUUUGAUUUGAUUAUAAGUGAUUAUCUGAACGGUCCGUGUCUAUCGGCUAUUGCACAACAUAAAUUUGGAAAUCCUCCGAUGAUUGGAGUGACUGCCUUUCACGGACUGACCACGACAACUCCGAUGUCCGGUGCUUAUUCAUAUUCAGGAUCUGUUCCAAAUCAUGAGUUCAACACUCCUCAGGCCAUGAGUUAUUGCCAACGAUUUAAAAACUUCCUGUACAAUCAUUGGGAAGAACUGUUGAAAAUAUACGAUUUGACCCCAAGAAUAGAUAAAGUAGUGCGCAAAUUAAUUCCAGAUAUCCCCUAUGUAGGAGACCUUGAGAAGGAAACGCGUCUUAUCCUGUUGAACUCAAAUCCAAUAAUUCAAUAUACGGAGCCAUCGAUGCCAAACGUCAUUUCGGUAGGUGGAUUGCAGAUUGCCAAACCCAAGGAACUCCCUGCCGAUUUAAAGAAAGUGGUAGAAAAUGCCAAAAACGGAGUUAUUUUGUUCUCACUUGGUACCAACGUGCGAAGCGAUUUACUUGGAGAUGAAAGAAUUAUCGAAAUCCUCAACGCAAUGGGACAAUUCCCAGAGUAUCAAUUUCUUUGGAAGUUUGAAUCAGACACGAUGCCAAUCGCAGUUCCUAAGAACGUUUACAUUAGAAAGUGGAUGCCACAGAACGAUUUGCUAGCCCAUCCUAAUCUCAAACUGUUCAUCACGCAUAGCGGGCUUCUCAGCACGCAGGAAGCGAUUUGGAAUGGUGUGCCAAUUAUCGGUUUUCCAGUAUUCGCCGACCAGCAUCAAAACAUCAAUUAUUGUGUCGGUCAAGGUGUUGGAAAGAGGAUGACCAUAAAGAAUGUGAAGAGCGGCGAGCUCGUUGACGCCAUCAGGGAGCUGAUGACAGACAGUCGCUAUCGCGAGAAUAUGCUAAAAUUUUCAAAGCUUUUCCGUGAUCAGAAGGAACUACCGUUGGAGCGAGCUGUCUGGUGGGUGGAAUGGGUGCUCCGGCAUCCGCACACACAGAUUUUGCAAUCCAGUGCAGUCCGGUUGGGGUGGUUUGUGAAGUAUUCAUUCGACGUCGUUAUCCCUCUUGUUGUGAUAGGUUUUAUUGCGUUAUCAGUGUUCGCGAAGACUAUAAAAUACGUAUUGUAUCGAACGAGAAGGCCAACCAAAACAAAACGUGAAUGAUAAGGUCAAUAAACGAGUGGAUGCAGUCAUUCACAAUAGACAUA